AUGCCACUCCGGAAGAUAAAGGUACUCGCAGUGAUCGCGGCGACGGUGACCACGGGCUUCCUGCCCGCGACUCAGGGCUGGUGGGACAAUGGGCACAUGCUCGUCGGAGAGGUAGCCAAGCAACUUAUGAGUGAGGCAGACGUCGUCACGAUUGAGAGCGUUCUGUCCAAGUGGAACGAGGAUUUCCCUAACACUGGCGAGAUCACUACAAGUGCCGUCUGGAUGGAUCUUAUCAAGUGCACGUCGGUCAGUUCCUACUGCCAAUCCCCUCUAGCUCCUUCUAUUACGAGCAUGAGCGACUGGCACUACAUCGACCUGCCGGUCAACAUUAAUGGCGACAAGUGGGAAUAUAAAGACGCCGAUCUGUCUCUGUUUGAAGACACAAUGGGAGGUGACGCUGCGUCAGUCAUUGAGGGUGCGUUGAGGUCGCUCAAAACGACCAAGUCAAGCUGGGCCGCGAAUCUGUUCAUCCGCAACUUCAUCCACAUCUUUGGCGACCUACACCAGCCUCUCCACACUGUGGCAGGCGUCAGUGAGGCCUUCACGGAAGGUGACGGUGGCGGUAAUAGCGAGUAUUUCGCAUCUCCGUGUGCCUUCAGCAACCUACACGCGGUUUGGGAUGCCGCUGGUGGUUUGUAUAGCUUGAACAACUGGGCUCUCAAUAUCGACGACUUCAAGUCGACGCUACAAAGCAACGCCACGGACCUCAUCGCAUUGCUGCUAAACAUCUCCGACACCCUCGAUUUCUCUCAGUACGAGAACACGACGUACAACGAGCUGUACACAGCGCUAGUGACCAACUCCGCCUUGCGCGAGGUGAUUCUCGAAACCUACUCGUACGCUGACACUGUUGUCUACAGUGGUUUGGACCUCAACGCCACCAGUUCUGGCAAAUAUCCGUGUCCGUCGUCUUCCUACCUCACGUUGGCGGGCGAAAUCUCGCAGAAGCGUAUUGCAAUUGGUGGCAGUCGCCUGGCUAUUAUCCUCAAGCACUUCGCAGCUCAGCUUCGCGCACUUGGUUUGGCAGAUUAA